AUGAUGGAAGAAUACCUUUCCCCCCUGGGGAAAGUCGAGAUCCGCAUCCUGGAGAGGCGGAAGAAGGAGUUCAAAAGCGAUACUCCAAGUGUGCUGCUGCGGAUUCCUGGGGGAUCAUCAUUCUUCCUUUCUGGUGCCCACUAUGCGGCGUUCGAACAUCGUGCCAUGAUGCAAAUCAUGCCGAUCCUCAUUGCGGAUUCUAGUGCCUUGAAGAAGGGCGAGGCGGGAGAGUUGAGGGCGCUGCAGGUUAGAGCAUUCCGUUAUUACGCCCUGUUCUACAAGGCGUUUUUGGGAGUGGCGGCGCACACCCGUGCCACGCUGAAAGAGGCCAAGCAACGUGCUGUUGCGCUGAUGGAGCUACUGCCCAAAGCUUUCCCGGACCAGGCGUCAAAGUGGGAAAUUCCCAAGAUCCACAUGAUCAAGCAUCUUCUCGAGAACGUGGAAGCAAGGGGGAUGCCACACCACUACAGCACGGAGAUGUGGGAGCGCACUCACAAAGGGACAGUGAAGGGUCCCGUGAGGGGGAGCAACUGGGCUGACAUUCCGAGGAGAAUUGUGGAUGAGGAGAUGCAGUGGGAGAUUUACAGAGAAGUGGCGGCCGACGCGGGAGGAGGUCGGCAGUACGUGUCAGCGCUGCGUGUGGUGAGUGUUUGGGUGCAAGCAAGACUAGGGGUGGUGCGCUGGGCGACUCACGCCCUGUACUUGCUGCGUGUUGGCUAUGCACUCUCAUUCUGUGUAUGCUGUGUCGCCGGUGGUUGUGUGCGGCAGGCCGUGGAAGAGAUGGAGCCAGUGCUAACGAAGAAGUUCAGGGUCAUGCGCCUCGGAGGCACCGCGGACAAGGUGUUUGCCGAGUACGCAGCGGUAUUUGGGGAUCAGAUGGCGGGCCUACCAGGUCAGCUGCGGGAGAUGCAGUUGAACCCUGGCAGUGUGCAGACACACACAGCAGUGGCCAUACCACGUACGCAGGGUGGGGUGCUUGUGGCGAAGGGGACGUUCGUCAAGGCGUCCCCGCGAGAGAACCUGUUCUCAGAUGUGGCACUCCUGGCUCCUGAAGGCGGGGAUUGGUUUGCUAGAUGCCUAUGUAUUUUCAAGGCGUUGAACGCGGAGGGCAAGUGGACUGGGUGUGCCUACGUGAGUAUGAGCUCGGUGAAGCCCCCGUUGAAGGACAUCGUACAGAAGCUGAAAGUGCUCCCCGACGAUGUGUUUCUGUUUGUGGAGAUACCUUUUAUACCCAGCCGGUUGCCGAAGACCAAGAUACCGGGGAGGAACGGAACCCCGUGCGACCGGAUCAUAAGUGUCGGCUUCUUGUACAAUGCGACGGGGACCUGCACCACGGUGCCCCUUGUGGUGUUGCGCCAUGACGAGCGCCCCGAACCUAGGCGCAGCGGGGAUCCUGCACCGGCGGUGAUUGUGCGCUACACGAAGAGUGGGCGCCUCACACCCGAGGUGUUUACCGAGUUUUUUCAGACGGUUGAUGGGGUGCAACUUAGUCGUGGAAGGAAGACGGUUGUGUUCACCUACAACACGGCGCACCGCAUUACCGCGAAUGACGCGGAGACCACGGUGGAGCAUGGGCUGACUAUGGUGCAUUUCACGCACACACGCUUUGUGGACCUGACAGACGUUGUGCACUGGUCCAGUAUGCCGUUUUUGCACGGCGUGGUGGACGCUUUCAAGGCUGAGUAUCGUGUGAUACUGAUGAGACGCGCGGUGCGGUCCAAUCUGUUCCACGAGGAUUUCGAGGCGCCGAUUUCCCUGGUGAAUUACGGUGUUAUGCUGCUGUGGGUGGGCUUGGCAUGGAAGGCGCUGACGGCGGCAACGAUGCAAAGGAGCUGGUGGAGGGCGGGAUGCGUCCCGGAGUCAUGGUGGGAGCUGAUGUGGCACCUGCACGGCAUGUACUCGGCCGGCAUGUACGAUCCCCUGGUCUCUACCACGGCGGACCUCCUGGUGCUGCUACGUGAGUUCCGUGUGCGGCCGGCUAUUUAUAUGCCGGUGUCCGAUUACGUGACAUGCGAUGAGUGGUUAAUGGAGAAGGCUGGUGUGAAGUUGGUGACGCCAACGACGCCGACGUCUUCAGGGGACGAGGGCGAGAUGUGCCUGCCGGAUGGGCCUCUGAUGCGUGACGAACGAAGCCGACGACGUGCCAUCCGCAAUGUGACGAACGCGUACGUGUGUCACGCGGAGGCGCUGGGGAUUGCUCCUGCGGAGGUGGCGACUGUCGUUGGCGCCUCUGAUGGAGAGGUGGUUAGCCGCCUAAGCCGCACACCGAAGAAGCGAGCUCGCAGUUCGGGGUCGUCGGACAGUGGGUCCGUGUAG